AUGGGCGCUUUUAGCUGUGAUAGAUGGUACAAGAUCAUUGGGGCCAUCAGCGUCAUUGGCAGGGCAGCGGUCAUCACAGUCUUCACAAUGCGAACGUACACUGUGUGCGCUCAAAACCGCCUCAUUCUUUACGUCUUAGGGGCGAUCGGGCUGACAUGUGUCGUCCUUGAUUGUCUUCAUGUGCCUGGCCUACGAUGUCAGCUCUCUUCCAGCAUUAAGAUUGGUAGGGAAUCUCACAGACUUUCGGCUCUGCCUUCAUUUUGCUCAACCACUCGUCAAACAGCUAACACACUUUUAUCCAUCCUCAUCUGCGUCCUCGAAUCCGUGGCAGCCAUCUUUACUGUCAUCAGGAGUUUCCAAGCCAACCGAGUACGCGGCAAAGGCAAGCUACGGAAUCACACGCUUCAUUAUCUCUUGUUGGAACAAGGUGUACUCUAUUUCUGGUGGAUAUCACGCCACAUUCGAGUUUCACUUUAUGAUGAAUUAGGUAUUCUUAUAGCGGCGUAUCUUUCUUUACCAUAG